AUGCGCUACGUCCUCAAUGCAACUGGGCCUUGUUUGGUCCUCGCGGUUAGGCCGAUCAAUUUGCUUGGGCCGCUGGUAGGGGUGCAGCCCUAUUUUUUGAUGACGGGGCGGGCCGCUGGAGAUGCCCUCUGCAAUAGGGGUCGUCCUGAUUCCGAAGCACCGGCGGCGUCCAUUGUCGCUGCGGCGCUGGGCUUCCACGACCACACCAACGCCCACGGCGGAGGCGCGGCGGUGGCGCCAGCGCCGGCGAGAGGCCACUCGGCCUUCGAAACCAACGUGGUUAUCAUCCUCGCGGCGCUCUUCUUCGCGCUGAUAUUCGCCAUCGGGCUCAACUACCUGGCGCGGUGCGUGCUCCGGUGUAGAGGACGCGGCGCUGCCGUGGUCGCCGCCGACGAGGCCGCGGCGUCGGCACGUGCGGCACGCCGCGCCGGCGAUGGCAUCAAGAUGCGCACGCUGAGGAGCCUGCCGGUGGAGGUGUACGGCUGUGGGGAAGUAAUCGACGACGUGUGCGCCAUCUGCCUCGGCGAGUUCGUCGACGGCGAGAAGGUGCGCGUGCUGCCGCGAUGCAGCCACGGGUUCCACGUCCGGUGCGUCGACGCCUGGCUCGUGUCCCACGGCUCCUGCCCGACGUGCCGGCAGCCCGUGAUCGAGGGGGCGCCCGCAAAGGCCGGCGGCCUGAGCCAGCGUCCAGCGGAGACCGACAUGAUCGCCGUGGUCAUCGUGUGA